AUGAUAUGUUGGGAUGGUCUCGAGUAUUCCAUCGAUUUUAGCAAGAAAAUAGGAACUGGCGCCUACGGGAAUAUUCAUCCGGGGAGAACUCAAUCGGGCCGAAGAGUUGCAGUUAAGCAUGCCAGAGACGAAAAGGAAAUUCGUGCCGCUCGAAAAGAGGUCGAGUUCUACCGUCGAUGCGCCGGUGCUCCAAAUAUCGUGAAGUACAUAGGCAGCCGCCACAAACUGGCUACGGACCACUCUCCUGAGCGCUUUUCAUUUGCCAUGGAACGUGCCUUGUUUUCGCUCGAAAGUUUGGUGAAACAAGUUAGAAAUCUGCGAGGACUCCCCAGAGAAGUCAUCAUUGAUCUGCUUUGUGACUCAGUCUCCGCACUGACAACAUUGAAGGAGCGUGGCAUUGCCCAUCGUGAUAUCAAACAUCUUAAUAUCCUUGUCUUCCCUGGAUCGACCAAGGGCAGAAGGUAA